CUGACUCAUUCAGCCACCUCUUUAGCCUGGUAGCCAACAUACAAACGAAAACAUUAAAGCGCUUUAGACCAUUUUUUUGUGUAAAUUGAUCUCGGUGUUUUUAACACACCGAUCUACUAUUUAACUUAAACGUAACUUACUUGUUCAAUUUACAAAUGUGUUGAUUAUACUUAACCUAAGCUAAUCGUCAAUGCUAGCUAGCUAGCCCACCAUGAGCUCUGCAAGCUACUCUCCUCCUGCUAAAGAAGAGGUCUGCUGGACGGAGAAAGAGGGCCUGUGGCUGAACAUUGUCGUGAAAGAAGAGGGUGAGGAUGUUUCAGUAAAAGGAGAGGAAGAAGCUUUCAGAAUGAAAGAGGAGGAAGAGGAGGCUAUCAGUAUCACAUUGAAAGAAGAGGAAGAACCUUUUGGAGUGGAAGAGGAGGCUAUCUCAAUAAAAGAGGAGGAAGACGCUUGGAGAGAUGAAGAGGAGACUGAAGAUCUGAUUAACACCAGAGAGAGACCAAACUCUCAUGAUGACAGCGGAAAGAGUCCUUCAGGGAAACCAGACCCGGCGACACCCAAACCAACGAGACGACAUCAGUGCUCCCACUGUGGAAAGAGUUUUCCCUGGUUAAAGGCCCUGAAGCAGCAUAAGAAAAACACUCUGGAGAGAAGCCUUAUCGCUGUUCUCAAUGUGGAAUGACUUUUACCUGGGCAGGAAGCCUAUGGGGUCAUAAGAGAAUACACUCUGGAGAGAAGCCUUACCACUGCUCCCACUGUGAAAAGAGUUUUAGGAAGUUAGGUGACCUGAAGGCGCAUGAGAGGACACACACGGGAGAAAAGCCCUACCAAUGUUCCCAGUGUGGAAAUAGUUUUAGCAAGCUAGGGAACCUAAAACAGCAUAAAAGAACACACACAGGAGAAAAGCCCUACCAAUGCUCCCAGUGUGGAAAGAGUUUUAGCCAUUCAGGGAGCCUUAAAGACCACGAGAGGAGACACAGACAAGAAAAACCUUACCAAUGCUCCCUGUGCGGAAAGAGUUUUAUCAAGUUAGGGGCCCUGAAUAGGCAUGAGAGGACACACACAGGAGGGGAUAAAACGUACCACUGCUCCCUGUGUGAAAAGAGUUUUACCCGGUUAAGACAUCUGAAUAAGCAUGAAAGAAUACAUACACGGGAGGAGAAGACAUACCACUGCUCUCAGUGUGGAAAGACAUUUUCCCAGUCAGAGGACCUGAAAUCACAUGAGAGAAUAGAGAGGCUGUGUUCUGACUUGUGCUUUUAACUUCUUAAGGAUGACGCAGAAUACUGUUCCCAUGCAGGAACAUCACUCAGCGGAUUUCAGAGCGCCACCUAUAGUUUUUGAUAAAACUCAUAAUUUCAUUAAACUUUCAUUAAAAUACACAUUCAAGGUAGUGAAUUAAAGCUACACUCGUUGUGAAUCU